ACAUCCGUGAGCCUGGUGUAGUACUGCAGCUGACUUCAGGGGAAUGGAUAUGGGUUAGCUGAUAGCAGCAUGAGACUCACCCGCAAGCGCUUCUGCUCUUUCAUAGUCUUCAUUUACUGCCUCUUUUCACUAUAUGCCGCUUAUAGCGUUUUCUUUACAUCUGCUCAGGUUUCCAGGGUGCACAGAGUGGUGAGCAAAAAGGAAGGAGAAAAAAGAGAUCCUCAUUACUUGGCUAAAGAAGAAUGGAAUCCUUGGGAGGAAGAUGAAAAAAUUGUGAAUCAUUUGCUUUUGAAAAAACGAAUAAGUAACCAGAAACGACUUUUGAACCGAGCAUCCUACAGUGAACCAGCAGAACUGAAAGUGCAAAUAUGGGGCAAGGCCGCUAUUGGACUUUAUCUCUGGCAGCAUAUUUUGGAGGGAUCCCUUGAGCCUGCUGAAAGAUCCGCACAAUGGAGAGAAGGGCAUUUAAGGACAGAGAAAACAUUUUUCCGUUUUCUUACUGGCCCUGCAGUUGUCCCUGACUACUUAUCGGUUGAGGCAGAUAAUGUGGUGCUUGUUCUCAAUGGAAGAGAAGAAACAAAGAUCUCAUUUGCCAUACAGUGGUUACAUUACACACAGACCUUGGUGGAAAAUCGUAAGCUCCAACAUGUUGCUGUCGUGUUGCUUGGAAGUGAGCAGUGCAAUAAUGACUGGAUAAGGCCUUACCUCAAAAGACACGGAGGGUUUGUGGAUCUCCUUUUUUUUGUCUAUGACAGCACGUGGAUUAAUGAUGAGGAUGUUUACCAGUGGCCCCUCGGAGUGGCUACCUAUAGAAAUUUUCCAAUUGUUGAGCCAAACUGGUCCAUGGUUCAAGAUUCUCGGCCAUACGUGUGCAAUUUUGUUGGAACUAUAUAUAGCAAUUCCUCUAGGGAGACCCUUAUGGAUAUUGUAAAAAAGAAUGGUCUGGAACAGCUUUGUUUGAUCUCACCUAGAGAACAGUGGCAACCUCAAGAAACAAAUGAGAGUUUUAAAAGCUACCAUGAUGCACUGCUGCAGAGUGACCUGACAUUAAGCCCGGUUGGUGUAAACACGGAGUGCUAUAGAAUUUAUGAAGCUUGCUCCUAUGGCUCUGUUCCUGUAGUGGAAGAUGUAAUGACACCAGGGACAUGUGGAAACUCCUCUGUAACAAACAGUGCUCCUUUGCAGUUGUUGAAGUCGAUGGGGGCUCCGUUUAUCUUUAUUAAGUCAUGGAAAGAACUUCCUGCUUUAUUACAGAAAGAGAGAAGCAUGACCUUACAAGAAAAGAUUCAGAGGAGGAAAAGGGUGAUAGAAUGGUAUCGGCAAUUCAAGGCACAGCUCAGACAGAGAUUUGUUCAAGUGCUUGAAAAGACCUUUUUAAAUGAUGAUAGAGAGAUAAAUGUAUGAUCACUUUAUAGAGUCAAGCAGACAUUUCAGAAUAAAACACCAGUACAAGGUCUGUACUGAGUAAAUUGUAUGUCAUAUUAUCUGAAUGGUGGACCCAUUUGUGUAGUCACGGUAACCUGUAAAUAAAACAAUAGAACUCUGAAAUCAACCCUAUGAUGUGUCUGCACUGUAAGCUAUGAAAAUCUAAAUUCAUAUGUGCAUGCAGUAUUAACUUCUACAGAGAACAUCAUAUUCAGUGUAAAUGUAAGAUUAAACCGUAUCUGUUUUUUAGCUCCGUAAUAUUAUUUCACCUGUUCUCAUCUGUGGAGUUACUAUGUCAUCCAUCACAGCGGCUCACUGCACUUAGGUGGUUGAAAAAAGGCUUUUCAUUUAUCCCUCCCAUCACAAAAUUGUCUCUCAUACCUUAAUAUUAAAAUACUAAAACACUAAACUGGCAA